ACUCAUGGUCAUUAUGGUCAUCAUCAUGGGUUCUUUGGUCAGGGAAAGUUUAAGCAUGGGAAAUUUAAGCAUGGCAAAUUCAGCAAGUGUUGGAAGCAUGGCAUGUUCAAGCGAUGGAAGUGAUACUGUGGCCAAUAUGGUGUAUGGUCAUGACUCAUGAGGGUUGUAUUCUGGGAUGAAUAAUGUUUACUAUUAGCAACUUAGUUUUUGUUGCAAUGCAUGCAAUGAAAUAGUUUAUCACUAUUUUGUCAA